AUGGAAGACAAUGAUGUUUCAGACAGCUUUAGUGUGGCAACAGCUAGAGUUGACAAUCGUGACAUUAAUAGGAAUGAUCGACCUGCGUCAGACGGUCGGGGCGAAGAUGCUCGUCAAACUCUGAAACGCUUGCUUGAGCCACUGUUCAACCGACUUCGCCCCGUAGAGCGCCAGUUGAUUGGGGCUCUUCUUUCCUUUGUCGUUGCCCAUCCAGAGGAUGAAACAAGUCGGAACAGUUUGUUCCAUACGUUCUCGACGAGCGACGAGGAUGCUCGCAUCCUAGACGACGUUCUCGCUUACUUGGAGCGCAAUGGAACGCUUGAGCUAGUCGCAAUCAACCUCGAGAUUGCUUUUGCAGCGACAAAUUUACCUAAUUCGCGAUUCUGUUCGGACCUUCAUCCAACGAACGGCGUCGCAGGAGAACACUGA